AUGGCAGCUGUGCAGGCGAUCCUCUCAACAAAGCAACAACAGGAAUGUCCGGUGCUGCUGCUGCUCAACAACCCCAGCCAAAUUACUCUCCCUUUCUUAAAGGCAGUAGAGACAGCGCAGGCAUUGCAGGGCGUCACUGUCUUUCAGAUAGAAGGCUACAACCUGAAUGCUAACGCAUCUCUGAUUCAACUGAGGUCAACAGUUGACAAGAUUCGCCAGCUAGGAGGGAUGUGGCACUGCCUGGUGGUGGUGGUGGUGAGUGAUGACCCAGCCUUCCUCUCCGCCUUCGCCCACCUCUCACUCAGGCGUCACGCCCUCAGGUGGUCCACGAGGAUCCUUGUCUUCACUCGCCUCUCUCUCAGCCACCUUGGCGGCCUGCACGCCCUUCUCUCCAAUAGGAACGCCAUGCUGCUCCUCGCGCACCGGGACAAGAAAGCUAUCAGUGGUGUUGGUGUGUAUGUGUCGUCACCAUACAGUUUACCCUCCGCCCGGCUCCGGAAAGUGGACACCUGGACACCCAACACCACAUGGGCACACUCUACUCACCUUUUCCCGGAAAAGUUCUUAGUGUUUAGUUCAGCGCCAACACUGACAAUCGCCAUCGAGCUGUUGCCUCAGCACAAGCUGUCGUGGGAGGAAGACCCACACGCCCCUGAUGGACGCCGUCUAGUUUACACUGGCGCCUUGGAUAAAACAGUCCAGUACUUCGCAAAAGGAAUGAACUUCACGUACAGAUACGUGCUGUCCCUCGAUAGGACUUUCGGCAGAAAGCUGCCCAACGGAUCGUGGACUGGCAUGAUGGGCAUGAUCGUCAGGGAGGAAACAGACUUCGGCUUGGGUCCUUUCUCGCUAUCGCCGGUGAGGGUAGCAGCCGCUGACCAUACCAUCCCAAUAUGGACUGGAAAUAUGAAGAUGGUGAGUGGCCUGACUGGAUUAAAGGUGGACCCGUGGGGCUUCCUGCUGCCCCUCAGGUCACUGGUAUGGACAACCACCUUGAUAGCGCUGCUGGGUGUGCUAGCUGCGCUACAAAUCUUUUCCUCCUGUUUGUCUAAUGGAAUGUUCUGCCAAAAUAGAUGGUCCGCCAACAUCUUCAGCCCCGUGCGCGCCCUCUUGCAGCAAGGUGAGUCCUCGGGAACCAUACGGCAUCCCCCUGCCGGGGACUGUCUGGCGUCUUGAAACUUUCCAUGCUCUCAGGGAGUAGCAGUCGUAUCAUAAUGAAGAUUAAAUACUGACUCACUCAAAACGCAGACGUGGUGUGGCCCACGCAGUGGUGGUGGUGGGAGCGUCUGGUGUUGGGGCUAUGGAUGCUCACCAUGCUGGUGCUGACCAAGAGCUACGCCGGCAACCUCAUGUCCCUGCUGGCAGUGAGAUACGUGCCGCAGCCCUUCCAGACCAUUCAGGAUGUCUUGGACCACCCGAGCGUGGUCA